GGUUGUAGUCGUUCGCGCUUUUAACUUCCAAAAAGCUGCGGGGUUUCCAAGUUUGCGCCUGUUGAAAAGCAAGUCUAUGGGCCUUUGCGGAUAAAUUCAUUUCGCUUUUCUCUUGGGGAGUUCUCCGUGAGGCAAAUUCAGCUCUAGCGCGGUGGACAGAACUAACCGGUUGAACCUGCAGCGGAGAGAUGGGUCCGUUGUCUAUUCAGGCGGAUCCGGGGACAACCUACACGGGGUCCUAAUGGAGCUGGGUCCUGACGUGACCUUUGUAGGCUCGAAAGGCGUGAGCCGGGCAGUAGAAACAGUUGCUGGUUAGGGAAUAGGCUCUUGAGCACCGGCAAGAUCCCGCUUUGAGGAUUUAUGAGCUGGGUGUGGGGAGCGCACGUGAGGAGGAGGAGGCGGUGGUGGAGGCGGAGGCCGUUGGGACAGCAUGGGGGUGAUAGGUGUGCAGCUGGUGGUUACCAUGGUGAUGACUAGCAUUAUACAUAAGAUCAUACCUCACUACUCUCUUGCCCGGUGGCUUCUUUGCAGUGGAAGUUUGCGGUGGUACCUGCAUCCCACAGAAGAAGAAUUACGUAUUCUUGCAGGAAAACAGCAAAAGGGAAAAAGCAAGAAAGAUAGGAAGUACAAUGGUCACAUUGAAAACAAGCCAUUAACUAUUCCUAAAGACAUUAAUCUUCAUCUGGAAACAAAAUCUAUCACUGAAAUAGAUGCAUUGGCCUUGCAUUAUUUUCCUGAAUAUCAGUGGUUGGUGGACUUCACAGUGGCAGCUACAGUGGUUUAUUUGAUAACUGAAGUUUACUAUACUUGGAUGAAGCCUUCACAAGAAAUGAAUAUCAGCAUAGUCUGGUGUUUUCUCGUUCUCGCUUUUGCAAUCAAAAUAUUGUUCUCACUAACUACACACUACUUUAAAGUUGAAGAGGGAGGAGAAAGAUCAGUCUGUGUAACCUUUGGCUUCUUUUUCUUUGUCAAAGCUAUGGUAAUUCUGAUUGUAACAGAAAACUAUUUGGAGUUUGGACUUGAAUCAGGUUUCUCCAAUUUUUCAGAAAGUGCAGUGCAAUUUUUUGAAAAACAGGGGUUGGAAUCCCAGGGUCCUGUUUCUAAGCUAACCUUCAAACUUUUCCUGGCUAUCAUCUGUUCACUUAUUGGAGCUUUUUUGACGUUCCCUGGUUUGAGGCUGGCUCAGAUGCAUCUUGAUGCUUUGAGUUUAACCACCAAAAAAUUCACCCAAACUCUGCUACAUAUAAACUUCCUGGCACCUCUGCUUAUGGUGUUAUUAUGGGUAAAGCCAAUUACCAAGGAUUAUAUUAUGAACCCACCAUUAGGAAAAGAAAACGUGCCUUUAAUGUCAGAAGCUACAUUCGAUACUCUAAGAUUGUGGAUUAUAAUUCUCCUCUGUGCUUUGAGGUUAGCCAUGAUGCGCAGCCAUCUCCAAGCCUAUCUGAAUUUAGCACAGAAAUGUGUGGAUCAAAUGAAAAAAGAAGUUGGAAGAAUAAGUACUGUUGAAUUGCAGAAAAUGGUGGCCAGAGUGUUUUAUUAUCUUUGUAUAAUUGCUCUUCAAUAUGUGGCACCUCUGGUUAUGUUGCUGCACAUGACUCUUCUAUUAAAAACUUUAGGUAACUAUUCGUGGGGCAUUUAUCCAGAAUUAACCUCAGAUUUACACCCAGAGGACAGUCCACAGAGCAGUUCAGUAAGCUCUGAAUCGUCAUCUGAUGAUAGAAAGAUGAAGGUAACCGUAAUCGAGCUAACAAUGGCUCUGGCUAGCCUGAAGAACAUUUUCACUCCACUGUUGUUCAGAGGACUCCUUUCAUUUCUCACUUGGUGGAUUGCUGCUUGUCUUUUUUCCACAAGCCUUUUUGGGCUGUUCUACCAUCAAUACUUGACAGUAGCAUGAUUUUAGAAAGCAACCAUUCAAAGAAGCCUGUGUUCCCCAACAGAGCAGAAGAAUAUUGGAAGAAAUAGCAUAAUAAAGUUUCCUUCCUUUAAUACCUCUUCUACGGUCACAAGCAAUGUAGUGUGUAAUAUCAAAAAAACAUUACUUCAUAAUACUGUUACCCAAAUUUUUAGUUAGAGUUAGGAGACGGUUACUUUGACAUUUAAGUAUAUUUUGUUUUUAUGAGUUCCACUCUGCCCUGGGAGCAUGAUGUAUUCAGUCAUUGAUUGACUGAUAUUAGUGGUGUUAAGAUAAAAAGAUAAUAUUAAUGGUGACUGCUUAAAGGUGAACUUUUAAUUGAGCCAUAUAAGGAGUCAGAAACUUGGAUUACUUUUCUUUUGAAAAGCAAACUUAAUUCCACAGGACAAAUGAAAUACUGUAUAUUACAGUACAGGAAACAUUCUGAAUAGAACUUGUUGUAAGUGCAUGGAAUACAGAAGAAUUGUCCUGCAGGAGGUGUUUUCAUAUUAAUACUGCAUCACUUGUGUGAAAAUUCAGGAACGUAAGUUUCUCAGAUGUUACAGCAUGUGUCUCUGAGCACCCAUUUAUUUAAAAUGAAUGUUUAGUGUAUAUAAUCUGCAGGUAGUAAGCCCAUGAGUUGUUUGAAAGCUUACUACAUGUACUUUGCUUCUGCACAUUCACAUAUUAAAUUAUGUAAAUUGGUAUAAUAUGCUCAUGCAUCUUAUUAUACCACAUAAUAUAAUGUGUCAAGAAGUUCUAAAAAUUCAUAUUAUAAGAAUAAUAUAACUAUAUUGUUUUGGUCUUAUUUUAAAAAUAAUAAAUGCCCAUAUGAAUCAUGGAAUGUUUAGUAUUGGUGCUAAUAAUUAACUAGAAAUUUAUUUAACUUUUAUGGUUCCAUAAUUUAACAAAUGCCAUUAUUAUAGCACUAGUCGAUGAUGUUUGACACUAAUCAAUACUAAACUAAUUUUAACAAGUAUAAUUUAAUAAACACUAUUUGAAGACAUCAGCAGUGAAAUGUAUACUGCCGGAUAGGCAAAUUAUGUUAAUUAUAAUGGUAAGGACUAUCCAAGCACAAAUAGUUUCAAGCUAUGUAAUAAUAAUUGAUUGAACCUGUAUGCCACUUGACUAUCAAUGACUCUGGGUGGCUCACAACAAUAAAAUAAAUAAAAAAUAAAGAUAAAAGAUGGCAAACAUGAUGAAGUGAAAAUUCUCCCUUGCUAAAGGUCUGGACAAAGACCCAGAUCUUCACAGUUCCAAACAACAACACAGAGUGGGGCUAUAUAGGUCUGGGGGUGGAGUGUGAGGCUUCAUUCUACAGAAUAGAACUGACUACAGAGAAGGUACACUUCAGGGAUUCUGAGAUACGAGAUUAUUUAAUUAAAGGAACACAAAGUAUGCCAACCUGCAGGAUCAAAUUGGCUGGGCAGUUGUUAUGAGAGACAGGUGAUCCCUUAAUUAAUCAGGGCUUAUCUCUUAUAUAGCCAAAAGUGACAGCCAGCACCUUGAAUUGCACUCAAAACUAAACCAACAGUCACUGUAGCUCAUGAAACAGAUGUGUUCCAUGGACCUACCAACUCAUGCCAAUUGCUAGUUAGGACACUCUUAAUACUUACAUCUACUAUAUACUCUCUUUUUUUUUGAAACUCUACAUAGAACCACUAAGUUUAGGGUUCUGUAUCAUCAAUGUCACACAAUAAUUUCUUUUGAUCAAGGCAGCCAAUGAACCACAAUAUUUUGUGAAGAGAAAAGUUAUAUUUUACUUAUAUAAGUUUUCUUUGCAAUAAAUUCUAUUCUUUUUGGGGAUAACUUCCAUCUGACUAUUGUAUAGUAUAAUAUAAAUGUAUAGGUUAGCCAUCUUUAAAAAAUAUUUAAGACCAUAUUCUCUUAGCAGAAAUAAAUGAUAUAUAUACUAGUGAUAGAUGGGCAGGACAAUUCCAAAUAUUUGUCCAAAUGGUGAAUCAUGACCUAUAAUUCUUUGAUAUAAAGUGAGUCACAUCUAUGGUCCUUUUGUUAUUUCCUACAACCUUAGGUAUAAUCCUAUCAAAGAUUAGAAUUAGAUCACAUCUAAAUGGAUGCAAAGAGUAGUGCAUGUCUGAAAAAGUACAGAAAUAUGCAGACAGCUACAAAAAUCAAAAUAUUGAAUGGAACUCUUUAUCCAACCAGAUAACAUAAAAAGUACUUAUACAAACUACUCAAACUGACUCCUUGUCAAUAUUAUACCUCACAUUUUAUAAGUUUUGCUUCCAAUCUAAUACAACAGCAGAUUUGACUGUCAUUUCAAAAUUAAGUCUUAAAUGUUCCUAAUUUGUGCCCAAUCAAACUAAUAUAUUACCAAUACUGUUGGUUAGGCAUUGUCAAACAGGCUUAUGUUUCUGUUGCUCUUUAUAUGAGAAAAACUAUAUAUACGCUUGAGGUUGAUUGCCAGCUUUGCAUAAACCAUUUAACACUCCAGAUUUUAGAGUGCUUAGAAAAGUAGCAUAUAGUUUUAAAAAACAACUGCCAGAAUACAAAUUUAAAAUUUUGAAGUUUGUGUUCCUUUCCCAAAAAAGUUUUAACCAAGUUUUUUUAACCAAAAUUAAGUGCAGUUCAGUUUAUUGAUAAUAGAUUGAACUGUGGAUGGAUUUCAUGGAAUUCUGAAGGAUACAUUAAAAAGAAAACCUGAAUCUUCAGUCAUGCAUGCAUUGGGGCUUUUGUGUAUCUCUUCCCAAUCAAAGUUUCUUCUACCUUUUCCAAAAACUUGGUGUUAUAGAUUGGCAUAUUGAAAUGGUAAAGAACUGCAGCAAGAAGGAAAAAGUGGUAGAAAUAAUGCAUAUAUAAUUUUGUAAAUGCGUAAAUUUUCUUUCCAAGCUAUUUUUGUCUCAAUAUGACAGUAUUUUGUGACAUUUCUGCAAAUCACUGAUUAUUCUUGUGUAAGAAACAUUGCAAUGGUAAUUUGAUUUGGUACUUUGAGAUUUUUUUUCACACCCUUUACUUAAGUUUGUUUGUAUUCUUUUGUUGAUUUCUUAAUUAUCAAAUUGCUUUUGUACAAGAAUUUUCUUACUUAUUUGGUGGAAAAGGCAUACACACAUAGCUUCAUCUAUUAAAAUGAAUAUCAAGACUUUCUUCUGAAAGAAGUAUAUUUGAGCUGUAAAAAUAAAACAUGGGGUAAUGCCAAAUGAAAGAAAGUUUAAUGUUGAAAAAAGCCAUGUGGAAAAUGGGUUGUAACCAGUGACUGAAAUCCAGUAUUACCUGGACAAAUGGAUUAAAUUAUAUGGGAACAAGGAAGAAAAAUAUAAUCCAUACUGAAAUUUAAGUAUUCAUGGAAAGCUGCAUAGCAAUCAUUCUGGAUUGCCACAUAAUUCUUGUGCAAAAUUUAUAUUUAAAAUAUUGGUUAAUUGCAACCUAUGUUUUAAUGAAAUUAGGUUGCAACUCCUUUGGUAUCUAUCAACAGCAAAUACAGCUGUUUCCUGUGUUUGAAAUAAAAUUGUUUGUUACAACAUUUUUUAUAUUUUUUUUUUGUAAAAUCACCUUUGAGUAAAUCCACAAUGCCUUAAAGUACUGAAAUGUCUCUGAAGAAUUAUACCAUCCUUUGGUGGUGAAUCUUGAUGACUCUCUUACAUGGGAACAUUGCAGCAACUAUUGCUUUCCAGUUUAAAUAUCUUGUUUUAAUCUUGUUUUACUGUAAGAAAAUAUAUGGCAUUUGAAUAUGUUAAAUAUUUUAUCAAAAUAUUUUCCAUUUCUGUGAUUUAUUAUAAAAAUGCCUCUUGACUAAAUAUGGGUCAAACAUUCAGUUGGGUUUUAGAAAAGCUAGUUGCAGUUGUUAGGAAAUAUUUUUGUGCUAAGUAUUGGGAAAUAAUUUUAUAAAAUAUAUUCAUAAGGAUAAACAAUCUAUAAACAUAGCUUUAAUUGGAACAAUAUGUUAACACAGAAUAACCUUCUACAAAACCAUGUCAUUCUCCAAUUGAUAUUUUUCUACUUUUUAAAUAUUCUACCACACUGGUAAGAUAUUGGUAAAAAUUAUUUGUUUAAAUAGAUUGAAAGUAUCUUUUAAAAUAGAUGGCAUGAAAUAAAAAAGAGAAUUUUGAAAUCAGAAGAAAUAAGCCUACUUAUAUGGGUCAUUCUAAUAAGAACAGUGUUAAGCUAUUUAAUUGAGACACAUGCCCCCACCCCGUUGGCCGUGAAAAUCACCAAAUAACUUUAGAUGGAGAAAGAUAGACUCUCCAAUCUACCUCAUAGGGUUGUGGCUAUAAAAAUGAAAGGAGACCCCCCCACACACUCUUUUCCCAUUACAUUGCUUUGAAGGGAGACCUUGUCUCUCCGUGUUACACUGCUUUGAGUUCCUUUAAAAAAAAGCCACCCAUAUAAUCAUCAGUUGAUUAUGGGCCAUCAAGUCAAUGUCAGCUCUUAGUAAUGUAAAUAGAUUUUCUUGGAUGUAUGCACUAAAUACAGUCAAUAAAGUGACAUUACUUAGAUAUGACAAAAAUUAUCUAUUAAAAGGUUAUAGCUAAAGUUGGAUUUUUGAAGAAGCAAUAUAAAAAUAUUUAAGCUUUUCAAUUGGUGUUGGAGAAGACUUGAGAAAACCAUGAAUAGUAAGAAAAUAAACAAAUGGAUCAUCAAACAAAGCAACUCUUCUUACUCCAGGUAUAACUGAGCUAGCUCAAAUUAACCUUUGGACACAUGCUGUGAAGACAUAUAGUAGUUUUCUAGAGAAAGCUCUAGUGCUGGGAAAGUAAAGAAAAGUAGCAAGGUGGGUAAACAAAGUUACAGUGGCAUUGAGUGGACCACUGAAAGAUCUGACAGACCAGAUUAGGGACAUCAUGAUGGAGAAAAUUUGUGACUCUAAGAGUUGACAUCAACUUGAUGGUACAUAAUCAGUAGGUAUUGGUGUAGAUAUCUGCUGAAAAGGAACUUAACAGGAAUAUAUUGCCAAAAUAUUUUUAUUUUAUUCAAAAUGAUAUUGGGAAGAUAAAUCUAGUAGAAUAGUAACUUUUAGAUAAAACACAUUGCACAAUGUAAUAUAUUUUCUAUUUCUAUUAUCUGAGAUAGUGUAGAUUCCUUUGUGUAUUUGUGAUAAAAGUGAUUAAGAUGAAUUUAACUCUGAGAUUAAUUUAUCAUUUUUAUUCCAUAUUGUUUCAAGUAAAUUUAUAGGAUAUUAAGUUCUAUGGCAGGAUCAUCUCAAGAUUUUCACCAUAAAGUAAAAUUACUUGGUGAGAAAGGUGGAUAUGAUUUUCCACAUAUGUAUAUCUUGAACAUUUAUCUUUGGUCACUGGUUUGAAUAAGAUACAUCAGAACUGAUAUCUUUUUUGGAGAUUAGUCUGAAAGCUUUUAUUUCACUCCAUUUAUUUCACUCCAUCUGGCAAACAUUUUUAAACAUGUUUGUUUAGUAAUAUUUCAAUACCUGCACUUUACGCCAUAAAAUGCAUAAGGAAAAUAUUGUAUCACAGAUAUACAUUUGACCCUUUUUUCUGCAUAAAAAGCUCAUGUGGGACAACCCAGUAUAGAGGGUUAAUCUUGAAGAAGGUAUUUAGCAAUAGUUAAGAUAAAAUGAAAGUCAAUUCGGUUCUGGGAAAAUAAAAGGUAUGAGAAAGAAUCUCAGAAUCACCCUACAUUGAUUUUUGUUGCUGUAAGGUAUAAUAAAAUAGCAUUCCUGUAAUUUUUUAUUGUUCUUUGCUCACUUGGAGUACCAUGAACGAUGUUCUACAAAACCAGUGGUAGAAUUUUAAGCCAAGUUUGCAAGACUACUGCUUCACUGUUGAAUUCAGCUUUAGCUCUUGUUAUUUGAGUUCUUUGACCAUUAUUCCAUUGCUGUUUCUGAAGGUAUUCAAAGCUGAUACAGAUUUUGAAGCAUUAAUUAACAAUGCUAAACCCACAAUCACCGCUGAUUUUUUAAAAAAAAUUAAAGGAAGUUUAUUAAAUUAAUAUUAGCUGUUCCUAUUAGACUUGAUCUCAGCCAAAAGGCCUAGAAACUGUUUUUACAUUCUUUGAUUUCAGAAGUAUGUCCUGUUUGUGUAAACCAAUAAGUUGCUUUAAAGAAUGUGAAAUGUAUGUUUAUCUUAAAAUGAGGUUCUUAUAAUAGAAAACAUUAUUUCAUGUUUAUUUGACACAGAAUGUUUAAUAAGAAUUGAUUGCAAUCAACUUUUUUUUGGAGAUGCACUUGCAAUGUUUGAGCACUAAUUUGCAUGGUUCGGACUUGUCUGUAUAUUGUGGGCUGAAAUACAAAUAACUGUUAACAAGAUUUGAAGCCAAUUGUUAUAGAUAAGAAUGCAUAUGUUUUGUUUUAUUACACCUUUAAUAUUUAUAACGCAUCAAGUAUUGCGGACGUUUUCCACACGGAUGCAGAAAUAUUUCCUUUACAAUAAGGGAAAACUACUACUAUUUUACUAUAGACUACUGAUGUAUGUGGUCUUUACCUUUGAAUUGCAGGGUACAUGUUUGUUCCUAACAAGUGAGCAUCACAGAGGGCUUUCUUGCUCUCUUUUUUUUAAAGCAAUCUAGUCAAAUGCCUUGGAGAUGCUUGUCUAUGUGAUCAUUUUCCAUUUUUUUCUUUUUCCUGUAUUCUUUAAAAAAACUGUUAUUUUAUUCUGUCAUGUAUGCAAUUUUCUCUUGUUAAUGGGUUUGAUGUGAUAAAAAUAAAUUAUAAAAAA